AAGUCAGCACUAGCAUUCUCACACCAGAGGGCUACGCCGCUGUUGCCCUCUCCCCAAAAUGAUUAAAGCCCUCUUUGUUACUACCUGCCUGCUUCUCUUUCAGCAUCAAGGGAGCUCAAUGAAGAAACUACCUGGGGUAAAGGUCUAUGAAGUAGUAUAUCCACAAAAAAUUCAUGCGUUGCAGAAAAGAGAUGCAGAAGGAAGUCAGAACGCCCACCAAAAGGCCAAGUAUGAAGAUGCUGUACAGUAUGAGAUUAAAGUGAAUGGAACAAAAGUGGUCCUUCACCUAGAAAAAAAUAAGGAUCUUUUUUCCAAAGAGUACACUGAGACUCAUUACUCCCAUGAUGGCACAGAAAUUACAACCAGCCCUCAAAUUGAGGACCACUGCUAUUAUGAAGGUCACAUCCCAAAUGAUAGUGGCUCUACUGCGAGCAUCAGUGUGUGCCAUGGCUUAAGAGGUUACUUCAAGAGCCGCGGCAAAAGGUAUCUUAUUGAACCCUUGAAGUCCUCAGACAGUGAGGCACAUGCAGUCUACAAAUAUGAACAUCUCGAAAAUGAUGAGGCCCCCAAGAUCUGUGGGGUUACCAACACUACGUGGGAAUCGGAAGAUCCCCUCAAAAAGACCUCCAGGGCGAGUACCAGUGCAGAAAAGCAAGCGUACCUGCGGGCCAGAAAGUAUGUUGAACUUUACAUAGCUGUGGACAACACAGUGUUUAGGAAAUACAGCCGCAAUAUUACUGGUGUAAGGACAAGAGUAUUUGAAAUAGUCAAUUAUAUAAACAUGGUUUACAAAGCCUUAAACAUUCACGUAGCUUUGAUUGGCUUAGAAAUUUGGUCUGACGGGGACAAGAUUGUCGUGGACGUUUCCGCUGGCACCACUUUAGACCGAUUUUCAGAGUGGAGGAAGGAGGUUCUGCUGCAGCGGAAGAGGAAUGACAAUGCCCAGUUACUCACGGGGAUUGACUUCGAUGGUCCAACAGUAGGGCUGGCCUAUGUGGGAACCAUGUGCAGUGCUGCCCACUCAUCAGGGGUUGUUCAGGAUCACAACACAAACCCAAUUGCUAUUGGCGCCACUAUGGCCCAUGAAAUGGGCCAUAACUUUGGCAUGAAUCAUGACAGCAGUUUCUGUACAUGCAGUUCAGGCUCCUGUAUCAUGGCGGCACAGCUCAGUCACCAAUCAAGACAAUUUAAUUCUUGCAAUGGCCUUUUUUUCAUUGUGGAAUGUUCAAACCACUGCUGCGAUGCUGCUACAUGUAAACUGAAGCCAGGUGCUAAAUGUGGAUAUGGGGACUGUUGUGAAAACUGCCAGAUCAGAAGAGCGGGAGCAGUAUGCCGGGCAGCUAAGCACGACUGUGAUCUGCCAGAAUUGUGCACAGGCCUCUCUCAUCAAUGUCCAAUCGAUCGCUUCCACGUGAACGGUUAUCCGUGCAGAAACAACCAAGGUUAUUGCUACAUGGGGCAAUGUCCUAUCUUGCAGAACCAAUGUACAGCUCUUUGGGGAACAGGGGCCACAGUAGCUGCAGAUUCUUGUUACAAGAUAAACCUGAAUGGGGUGUAUUAUGGACACUGCAGGAAAGCAAAUGGCACAUACAUACCAUGUGGAAAAAAAGAUCUGAAGUGUGGCAAAUUAUACUGCACUGGUGGUUCCCGAAUGCCUUCGACUGGAAGCCUAGUAGCGUUUGACUCCUGUAAAGGCAGUUUCCCAGGCAAAGGAGAAGAAGACAAUGGAAUGGUUGACCCUGGGACCAAAUGUGGAGAAGGCAUGGUCUGCAGCCUGGGACAAUGCAUGGAGAUUGAGAGAGCCUACAGAUCCACCAACUGUUCUGAGCAGUGCCAAGGACAUGCAGUCUGUGACCAUGAAUUGCAAUGCCAAUGUGAAGAAGGAUGGGCACCGCCAAACUGUGACGACCCCACUGCAAACAGAUAUAUCAUCAUCAUUGUUGCUGUGUUGGUGUCUCUUGCCGUCACAGGAAUCAUCGUUUUUGUCUUGUACCGUUACCAGAUUAUGAAGAAGAAACCAAACCAAAGCAUCCACAAGAACAUGAAUGGAUCUGCAAACCUUGGCUUCUCAGGACCAGAGCAGAAGAGAAGACAACAUAUGAGCCCUGUACCUGUUCUUCCGGAGGUCAACCCUGCAAGUUUACUUAUCCCACCGCCUCCACCACAAGCAAACAAACCACCGUUUUGUGUUAAUAUUCCAGGGGAAGAAUCCAAGCACAGUGUGGGUGUCUACCAAAAUGCCAAAAUGCCCAUCAUAAAACCAAAUAUUCCACCUCCUCCUGUUCCAAAUGCCAAGCCAGCUUCAUCUCCUGUUACAGGCAGUUCAGCAGCAGCAACUAACCCGGUUCCCACUCCUGCUUUCAAGCGUAAACCAGCUCCUCCACCUCCAUCUCAGGCUUUGAAACCCCCAGUUAACCCCAAAGUAUGAAGGACCAGACUGAAUACUAUCCUGGGAUUUCAAGGAGGCUUUUCUUUUCCCUUGGUUCCUCCAUCUGCAAAGGAAACAGAAUGGCUGCUAUCUUCCUACGGUUCUAAUGGUUUUUUUCCCUGCAAAAGAAAUGGCAGUGUGUUUGUGUUUGCUAGCUGUCAUCUGGAACCCUGACUCUUGAGGGGGAGAAAACAGAAGGGAACUUCUUCAGCCCGGUUCUGUUAUAUCCAUAGUGAUAGAAUCAUGACCUGAGAGAUCCUAGUGCAUUGGGAGCUCUUUGUGAACUGUGGAACUGAGCCAUUAAGAUCUGAACCCUGUGAUGGUCCUUUAGCAAAGGCCUGUGCCUAGUCUGUAUGCUUCCACUGCCACCUAUGGACCAGACCAGAGGUUUUUAAAGAGAUUCUCCAAGCUGAAUGCUACUGAAAACAGACUCCUUCCCAACUAGUGGACUUAACAUUGCAUUGCCAUGGAGUACUGUAAGAGUAUGACCUAGCUGUUCACCAUGACUCCAGGAAUACAGGUUGCUUGAAUCAGGGGGAAAUUGUUAUCUUUCCUGAGCCUCCUCCUUACAUUCAGAUGCCUCUCUUUCUCAGGAAGCGCAGAAGCAAAGCUCAGAUGCCAAGCCUCUUGUGCCUUGAUUGUUGCUGAGAAACUGCCACGGUGUGCAAUGGUUGCCACCCUUUUUAUCCAUCCCUGCUCUCGUGUGUAACAUAGGUUUAACCUCCAACUGUUUGCAGGUGAUGACGCUUUUCUCCAUGUUGUGAAAAAGGUUUGCUUGCAGAUGUCUGCAGCUUCCACUGCUGCUGAUGGUUGGGGAGCAGGUCAGUCACUCACAAGCUGGUGACCUUCACCUAGU